AAUGGGCGGCUCUACAACAGUUUCUUCAUCUAUAUCCUCAUCGUUAUCUACCUGUUCAAGUGGUGAAAGAAAUUGUAUCGAACGGUCAGCAAAUUUUGAAGAAGCAUUACAGCAAAAAGAUGCUCGAAAACGAUCACCGCGUUUCUUUUUUUGGACAUUAAAUUUUGGAAGUGGGAACAAAAAUAAAGACAAAAAUAAAAGACUUAAUAGUAAUGAAUCUACUCCUCGAUCACCAGAUUCUUCUCGAAGUGUAAAAUUUGAUGCUGCUGAAUCAUGGCCAUGGAUUGAUGACGAUAAUUCGGUUAUUAUUGAAAAAUUAGUAGAAGGGGCAAUAUUGGGAUAAUGAAAUUUAAGAAUUUGAUG